AUGUGUACCGUGGCGAGGACGGUGUUCGAUAUGGCCACGCGGUAUCCGGAUCACAAGGGAAAGAAGUUCACGGCGAUGAAGAGGGAUGUGGAGAAGACGGUUGGGUUGCCCUCGCAUCUCGCGAAGCAGGUGGAGAGGAUGAAGGGCGAGACUAGCGAAAGAGAAGGUGCGGCAAGUGAUGCAGCAGUACCGAGCGGAGACAAGGUGGUCAACAAGACCGGAGCAAGUCUCGCGGAACUUUCAAGAAGCGAUGGAACCAUGACCUUGCAAGAGAUGCGCGCCAAGGGCCUAUGCUUUGGACCGGACGGCUGGCUGAACCGCAUGAUCUUCCUCGAAAGCAUCGCCGGAGUUCCCGGAAUGGUCGCUGCCACUUGUCGACACCUCCAAAGCCUUCGACUCAUGAGGCACGACAAAGGAUGGAUCCACACCAUGCUCGAAGACGCAGAGAACGAACGCCAACACCUUCUGGUCGCGCUGCAGCUCGGCGGCGGCAAACCCGGCCUGAUCACACGAUCAUUCGUCCUCCUCGCACAAGGUGUCUUUUACAACUUUUUCUUCAUCUUCUACCUCCUCUCGCCGCGGGUCGCACAUCGUUUCGUCGGCGUACUCGAAGAAGAAGCCGUGCUCACCUACUCGCUCAUCCUCGAAGAUCUCCGCGAUGGAAGGUUGCCCGAGUGGGAGAAUGUGGCUGCACCCGAGAUCGCCAAGCAGUACUGGCAGCUGGGAGAGGGGGCGAUGCUCGUCGACGUGAUUCGUGCCAUCCGAGCUGACGAAGCUACGCAUCGACACAUCAACCAUACUUUUGCAGGGCUGGAGUCGGACGAUCCGAAUCCGUUUGCCCUGAGGGAGCCGCCGGCGAGGAUGCGUGCCGAGACGUAUGGCUUGGAGCGCGAGGAAGCGCUGGAAUGGGCGAAAGGGAAGGACGCGGUGGAUGCGGAGGACGGGAAAAAGGCGGCUGAAAAGACUGCUUGA